GAAGAAAAAGAAAAAAGAAAAAAAAGCCCCUCCGCUUCGCUCUGAAAUGGAGGUGUGGAUUUGACGCAUGCGCACUAGCUCCACAACUAUCCAGUCCCGUCCUCAAGCGCAGACAUCAACAAGAGAGCGGGUUACUGAUGCGGGUUCGCUUUCUGAAUAGUCGAAUCGUUACGACGUGCGACAAAGACGAUUGUUUUGUUCCAGAUUCACAAAACGGCUAAGAUGUUUGGCUUUCACAAGCCCAAAAUGUACAGGAGUUUGGAUGGCUGCUGCAUCUGCCGAGCAAAGUCAUCCAGCUCUCGUUUCACAGACAGCAAGCGGUAUGAGAAAGACUUCAGGAGCUGUUUUGGGUUGAGCGAAACAAGAUCCGGAGAAAUCUGUAACGCCUGUGUUCUCCUUGUGAAACGCUGGAAAAAGCUCCCCGUUGGAACCAAGAAAAACUGGAACCAUGUUGUUGAUGCCAGGGGAGGCCCAAGCCUAAAGAUAACCUCCAGACCCAAAAAGAUGAAGUCAGUCUCCAAGAAAGUGAGGCCAAGCCAGAUCAGCAGGCUGCAGAAGGAGCUGAAAAGAAGCAAUUCAGAUGCCCACAGCACAACUUCCAGUGCUUCUCCUGCUCAGUCUCCAAGCUACAGCAACCUGUCGGAUGACGGUUCUGACACUGAACUGAGCCCAGGAUCCAGCCGCUCCCCUGUUUUCUCCUUUCUGGACCUGACCUAUUGGAAGAGGCAGAAGGUGUGCUGUGGAAUCAUCUAUAAGGGCCGUUUUGGGGAGGUGCUCAUAGACCCCCACUUGUUCAAACCUUGCUGUCGCAACAAACAGCGACAGAAGACACAGCAACAGGAGGAGGAAGAAGAGGAGGAGGAGGAAGAAGACGAGGAGGAGGAGGUGGAGGUGGAAGAGGGCCAAGUGGGGGUGGAAAAAUCUCAGACGGAGGAGGAAGUGAAGGAGACUCCUGCGAGUGAGAAAAAUGCUGAGGCUGCCGAGCUCUGCGUCACAGCCGCUGCACCUCAGGCCAGAGGCGGGGAGGUGGUGGAAGAAUGCUGGUGAAGUCGUUGGACAUCUCUGAAGACAUCUUUGGCUGCUCUGCUUUUCUGUUUAUUAUUAAUUUUUUAAUUAUUGUUAUUUUUGAGGACUUACAGACGGAGGUUACCUCAGAUUGCCUUCAUUCACAAAGCAGCUAAAAUCCUCGGAUCUUCUCUAUGAUAACAGGGGAGCAUUGUUAAUGAUGUUUAAACUGUAACUUAUGAACUGUUGUGUUUCACUUUCUCUUUUUCUGUAUUUAAUAGUUUUUCCGUCCCAAUGGUGGACCAUCAUCCGUGUUAUUGAGUUAAUGCUGGACUUCUGGUUUGCUGUUACAUUCAACAGAGUUUGUUCCUAAACGCAAUACAUCCACUUCCUGUCACAAAAAGGUGCUACUUGGAAUUUGGGAUUCAAUAUUUUCAAACUCGCAGCUGAACCCCACAGUGGAAUCUUUGCAAGCAAACGUUUUAAGUUGACUAGAGAGUGCAUUAUGGCCUUCUUUUUACUAUUAUUUAUUAGUUGUGGAGACCGUGUUUUGGAAUGACUGACAGCUCACGUUAACAGAGCACAGACUUGUACAGUUGCUCUCGUGUUUUUUUCAUUUUAAGGUGACGUCCUCUCUUAUCAAAGGGACUGUGUUUGUUGACUGGAUUAGACUUUCUGUGUGCAAAUACUUUUGUGGGUCCCAUUUCAGUAAGGCCUAUUCACAGCUUCAACAGCAAAUACACCAGCCUUAAUUGUGUGUCACAGGCAGUGCUAGUGUUAAUUCUGGAUUGGUAUUAUGGACAAGAAAAAAAGGGAGAGGGUACAUGAGCAAAAUUGAUAGUGGCCUCAGCAACACACGUGCAUUUUACAUAAAGCCCACUCAUCCAAAAGACCUGAAUGGAAUUGAUGCAUGAGUCUUCAAAAAGAUUGCAUGGCCUUAAACAAACUGUAAAUCCUACAUUUAUUUUUUGGGAUCCAUUUCUUAGAAGUUUUAGCUUAUUUUUGUACGUAAAAGAAAAAAAAAAGGAAAAACAAAAGUGUCUUUGCAUAAUAAUAUCACACAAUACAACAGAGAAACACAAAAAUCAGUCUAUAGUCAUUCAGCAAUACCAAUAUCAGUAAUUUUUAUCACUUCUGGUCUUUUUCUGGCCUCUCUGGUUUAUGAUAAAAGUCUUUAUACAAACUGAAAUUCUAUGCUAUUGCCUCUAAUAUUCAAGGAAGGCAUUGUGAUGUAUAGCCUAAUAUUACUUUAUUUAUCAAAUGGAAGCCAAAGCACAUUGAAAUUCACCCAAUGUCAAAUCAAUGCAGGUUUUCUAUGGAUACUUGUGCUUGUUGGGGUCAUUUGUAUGUAUGUUUAUGACAUUCUAAAAAGAACACUAAUAUGAAUUUUCACAAAUGUGAUGUAGUUUGGAGCUGUGGCUGUGUUCUGUACAUAAGGGGGUUUGUUGGGUCUCACGGCUCUCAUACAGAUUUCGUUAUUUAUUUAUUUCUUAUUUAUUUGCAUCCCAGCUUAGAAGUAAUUUUUUUGGGGUCUCUUGCUUAUUGGUAGUUUUGUUUAAGUCAUCAAAAAACAAGCAAAAAAAAAAAAAAAGAAUGUAAUUCUCACGCACACAUUCGUCAAACUGUGUGGAACUGAAUUACUGUUUGUCAAUAUUUGUGAAUUAUUAAGUACGGUAUUUGUUCACGCUGUCACACAACUUCUUCUGUAUGAUCCCUUUGCAUCCAUGUAGACUGUAAUGGCUGAUAGUUUGCAAACAAACUGUAUUCCCCUUUGUACCUUGUAGCUUACAAUGACAGAGUAUUAGGACAUCAUAGGAAAUUCUACUCUAGACUUGCAUGUACUGUUGCUAUGCAUUUCCUUAGCUUACAAGUUAGACAAAGCUUUUUGUAAUUUUUAUACAUCAUGUACUUUUUUACUUGUCUCUUAAUAAAAGUAAUCUUGUGCUUUUUUCCGCAA